UCAGAUCAGUCAGUGGACUGGUCGUGCAGCACUGCUGCUUCUACCGUGGCGGAUAGCAGACGCAACGAUCGGGUGUCUGCAAUGGAUUAGAAACAAAACGGGUUUCCUACCUCGAGUGUAUUUAGAAGAAGAGAUAUAAUAAAGAGUUUGUUUAUCAGAGAGGAGAAGAGUGCAGGCGAAAUGGCAAGUCCUCCAGCGACAGGAGGACACCUGUUAUCUAACGGGACAAACAGCGUGAAGAAGUGCGGAUACCUGAGGAAGCAGAAACACGGACACCGACGCUUUUUCGUGCUCCGGGAGCCGACCGACUGCUGCCCUGCCCGCCUGGAGUAUUACGAAAGCGAGAAGAAAUGGAGAAACAAGUCCGCUGCUAAACGGGUCAUAACUUUGGACUCCUGCUUGUGCGUAAACAAGCGAGCCGACGCCAAACACAAGCACCUCAUCGCCCUUUAUACCAAGGACGAAUACUUCGCCGUGGCUGCAGACAACGAGCAGGACCAGGAGAGCUGGUAUAGGGUUUUGACUGAUCUCAUAACCGAGGGGAAAAUGUACGACAGCCCCGCUUCCACGUCCUCUCUGGUGGGCUUUGAGGAGGCCAGCUACGGGCUCAUUACUCCAGCAACAGCUGCGUACAAGGAGGUAUGGCAAGUCAACUUGAAAGCCAAAGGACUGGGUCAGAUCAAAAACCUGACGGGGGUGUACAGGCUGUGUUUGUCCAGCCGGACCAUCAGCUUUGUCAAGCUGAAUUCAGAGGUGGCUGCUGUUAGUUUACAGCUAAUGAACAUACGGAGAUGUGGCCACUCAGACAGCUUCUUCUUCAUUGAGGUGGGCCGGUCGGCAGUCACUGGGCCUGGGGAGUUCUGGAUGCAGGCGGAGGACUCGGUGGUGGCUCAGAACAUCCACGAGACCAUCCUGGAGGCCAUGAAAGCUAUGAAGGAACUGUCUGAGUUCAGGCCACGCAGCAAAAGCCAGUCUGCCAGCACCAACCCCAUCUCUGUGCCCACACGACGCAACCUCAACAACCUCCCCCCAAGUCAGACGGGGCUCGUGAGGAGAUCCAGAACGGACAGCAUGGCGGCCACGUCCCCUGGAAGGAAGUUCACAUCCUGUCGGAUAAGAACAGCCAGCGAGGGAGAUGGGAGCAUGACGCGACCCGUAUCCAUGUCCAUAUCUGUGAGUGGCAGUCCCACCAGUCCAAACUCUGGAAAUCACCUCAUCCGGUCCCACACCCUCAGUAGUGGGCGCACCUGCCGAAUGCUGGAGUCCUCCUCCAACCUGCAGCACAGCAGGUCCAUGCCGGUGUCCAACUCCCCUCCAGCCGCCUCCAGCCCCAUCAGCAUGUCGCCCAGAGCAGGGGCCAACAUCUCCACCCCUGACAAAGCACGGCGUCCCUUCAGCUGCAGCGCCUCCAUCUCAGGCUCCCUCAGCGACACCGGCUUCAUGCUGUGUGAUGAGUACAGCUCCAGUCCUGGCGAUCUCAAGUUCCUCCCUCUGACCCGCAGUGACACCCCCGACUCUCUCUGCAGCACACCCCCCUCACGCGACAUCAGUGACCCUUGUGGCUACAUGAUGAUGGACAGCGUGAAUGGCAACAGGCCAGGGAGCAGUGGCGAGGGUUUGGCGAUGGACAAGGCAUACAGGAAGCGGACCUACUCCCUGACCACGCCACGCCAGCAGAGGGUAGUGGCCCCGCUAUCCUCGGCCUCUCUGGAUGAGUACACGCUCAUGAGGAUGGCCCAGAGCCAGAGCUCUCACUCUGCUUCCCCCAAAGUGUCUUACCCCGAAGAUUACGGGGACAUUGAAAUUGGCUCGUCCAGAAGCUCCAGUAGCAACCUGGGUGAUGACGGCUACAUGCCCAUGACGCCUGGUGUGGCGCCACAGUCUGGCAAGGUAGACAACUAUGUGCCCAUGAGCCCUAUGUGUGUCUCUGCCCCAAAGCAGAUUGUGAACCCCAGGGUGCACCCCCAGGCAGCUGCUAGCAGCGGCUACAAGACCAACUCCCCCUGUAGUGGCUCUCUGGAGGACAGCGGCUACAUGAGAAUGUGGUGUGGCUCCAAAUCCUCCAUGGAGAGCCCAGACAACCGGCUGGCAAAUGGUGAAUACAUGAACAUGUCGCCUGGCAACCCACCCCAGCUCCAGACUCCUCCUGACUACUACCUGGGCCCGCUAGCUGGCGAGCCGGCAUCAGUUAGGCCAUCUUACCAGGCCAGCUCUUCACCACACCCAGCCAAAGUGCAGACCUCCAAGAAUGAAGAUAACAACAACCAGUAUGUUCUGAUGAGCCCGCAGAGCCAGAGGCCAAGAGGCGGGGAGUCGGACUACUACGCAGUGAUGCAGCCCAGUGGAACACAGGCACUCAGUCCCUCAGCACCGUCGCCAGUCAGACACAGCCGGGAGAGCCUGUCUUACCGGGGGAGGCUGGGCAGACCCAACAGGCUGUCCCUAGACACCCUGAGAACCCUGCCCAGUAUGAAUGAGCAUCCCCUACCUGGAGAACCCCGGAGCCCUGGGGAGUACAUCAACAUUGACUUCAGCAGCAGCAAAUUCUCCCCACCUUCCACUGUGUCCACAGAAAGCCAGUCUUCAUCUCUGGGCUCCAGCAGCGGCGGCCAGAGGAGAUCCCCGCUGUCCGACUACAUGAACCUCGAACUGGGCUCACACUCUCCCAAGGAGGCCGACACUCCCGCCGAACGUUUGGACGCUCUCCCAGCGUUAGCCAUGUGCCCCUGCUCAGACGAGGACGGAGUGUACCAUCUGGACGGUGAGAGGGAGUCUCAGGGCCUCACUGACGAGGUGAAAAAUGAAUACACAGAGAUGACGUUUGGGAUGGCCAGCUCCCCUCCGCAGCUCGUUCCUCAGACCACAGCAAGUGGCCAGGGUGGCAGGGAAAGGACACUGUCUUUGGAAGACCAAGGGGUCCCAGAGGGCAUCGGGGUCUUCCUGCUUGGCGCCUCCUCUUCUUCCACAGUGGACCCCGACUGCUCAGCUAAGGUGAUCCGGGCCAAUCCACAGGGACGCCGGCGCCACAGCUCCGAGACCUUCUCCUCCACCGCCACUGUGACGCCCGUCUUCCCCUCUUUUGCCCGCAACGACACGGUGAAGAGGCACAGCUCGGUGGAGAACAUCUCGUCCCGGAGCAGCGAGGGCUCCGACGAGGAGUGCGGGAGUCCCGUGAACCGGCAGACGUCCAACGGCUACCAGAACAGACUGAACUACAUUGCCUUGAACCUGCUGGACGACAGGGUGGUGGAGAAGUGCGAGGACCUCGUUGGCUUCAAACCCACCAGCAGCUGCAAAGGAGGAAUCAAUGGAUUACACACCACGCCGUACGUCUGUUUGGGAUUCAAGGAGGCUGCGACUACUGCCAAAGACUGAGGAGUCUUCUGUCAGCGACGUGGCAUCUUCACCGACCUGCUGCUGGAAAAAUAAACGUUACCCUUCCACCGGGCCAUCAAGCCCUGCAGACUGUCUGGACCCUCUGUAGCACACACACUCACACACACACACACACACACACACACACACACAAGCAGGUCACCAACUAUGCAUGUCAUGAAUUUGCUGAAGGCAGGACUGAUUGUGUGUAUGUGUUUGUGUGUUGGGGUGGUCGGGCGGGUGUGUAUGUUGUCCGUUGGUGUGUGCCUCACUGUUCCCUGCGCUUUCAGAGGCCAUUUCUCCUCCUGUGACCCAUAUUUUUCACGCAAGCACAGACGCAAAAGUAGUCAGACAACAACAAAAAACUCUGAUGGCACCCAGAUACUAUUUAUUCACUCGGGGGAUGGAUUUAUGAUCGCCUGUGUAACUGUUGAAAGCAACCACAGAAAUGGCCCUACCUCACAGGGAGCAAGGAUCCCCAGCCUGAGAGGUACACUGAGUAUAUAACUAUAUUUAGAUUAGAUAUUUUAUUUAUUUUUUUGAAGAUGAAUGUCUGAUAAGACCAACCCAAUGCCUUAAUGUCUAUACUGUCCUUAUGUUUUCUAUGAAAUAUGAGAUAAAUAUUCUGUUAUGUCUCUAUAUUGUUAUUCUCUUGUGGAAAAGUAUAAAAAGCCUAGUUUACCAUGAAAAUAUAUUGAUAUUAUUUCAGAAUUGUACAGUGGGGCUGCUCGAGAUCUGAUUUAUCGUACUGAUAUUAAAGUAUUUUCUUAAUUACUGAAUUCCUAUUUAUUCUAACCUAGUUUAUUUUUUUUGUCCAAUCAAAGCGCUGGACUUCUAAAGAAAUAUAUUUCUAAUUGUCUUUAAGAGUUAUUGCAUGUCUUUGUAAGAGUAGAACUCGGCUCAGACCCCUCAACACCAGGCAUCUGAAUGCACUGCACCUCCCACAGUUCCUCAGUCACUUGAGCCUAGAAACCUCAGACACUCCUACCUUCAAUCCUGCGGCCCGUUGUUUUGCUCAGCGCAGGCCGCAUCGCUGUGAUAUCAUUGGACGGUACAACGGUCGUGUUGAGUCGAUGACAGCCGGGUGGAGCCGAUGAUGUUGAGGUCGGGGCGCAGUCCAGGCGGUUGACUUGUUUGUAGUCAACAAGUCGCUGUCGUUGGGGGAAAAAAAAAAAAGACAGUGUCAUUAGUGCUGGACAGGCACUGAGGGGGAGGAGGGUCCGUCACCACAGGAAGACGGUUGUAAAAUCAACAUUUUUCACAGCAGCCGUGACAGGAAAUAGCAGGGUAAAGGUAAAGGUUUAAUGAAGCUUUUGUUCCAAUAAAUCACAAUGGAGCCAGAGUCCUGCAGUUGUUCAUAGUGACUCUGCUCCACUUAAAUGGAACAGGACCUUAAUUCAUGUCAUUAGUAACACCUGUGUUUACCCUGCUAUUUCAUGCCAAAAUGGCUGCUGGGAAAAUGCUCUAUAGAGGCUUUAUACAUGCCACAGAUCUCCUAGCAGCCAUGUCUUGUGCCAUUAUGGAGGUCCAUUGGGAAAUUUGGUGUUUUCAAGUCAUGCCAGACAACCAGACUUGGAAAAGCCUAAAAACAAUUGAUGUACUUAGCAUGUGAGUCAGUGAUAGUAUCAGUAAAAGUGAGUAGUGUGAUUAAUAAGGUAGACUAGAUUUGUCUCCAAAUAUAAAAUACUGUGGCGCAGUAUAUUUUCAUGGCUUUAGGCCUUGUCUCUGCUCCAAAAAAGCAAAAAAAAUAAAAUAAAAUAAAAUAAAACAAAACAAAAAACACACAACUUCACCUAAACAUUUUGUUUUUGGCUUUGGUAGCUAGCUAACUAGCCAACUGUAUUGUUAACAUGCUAUCAGCUGCUAGCCAUCAUUAACGCUAGCUUGUAGUGUGCGAAUCAAAUUAUUUAACAAGAGGGGAGUGGUAGUUGGCCAAUGAGAUGCUACGGUAUUUAGCGAACAUUUUACUCAAGGUGAAUUUGACAAGAAAUGAAGACUUCCUGGUUAAAAAAAAAAAACCUCAAACACACCCAGCUGUUUGCAGCCGCUGUUUCCCAGGAGCUGCAGGACCUCCCAAUAUGGCCGCCAGAAACAUGUCCAGUGUGUGCACCUGAAAGCCUCUAUAGACGUCCUGAUAGAAGCCAAUGGAGAUGGCUGCUUGGGCUUUGUCACACUCUGUGGUGUUUGCGUCGCCCCUGUGCCGGCUCCAACUGGCUCUCACCCCCUUUAGUGUAGAUUGUAAAAUACUAACCAUGUCUGAAUGUAUUGCUGAGCAAUCGCUGUGUCCACCACAGAACUAUAAUGUGGGCAGAGGUUAUGACAGAGUUAUUAUAUUAGAGUUGUACCACACUCGCGGUAUCUAUUUAUCUUCAGAGUCCUGAAUGUGUAUAUUGUGUACAUAGAAAGAGUUUAACAAAGAAAAUAUAGAGUACUUAGAUUUUACCUAUGUUGCAAUGAUUUUCCUGUGUAAAAACUUUGGCUACCGAUUUUUCAAAAGGGGGUGGGGUUUUGCUUUGGGCUUGUACAGUGUAUUGUAUGCUUUUUCUCCCUCACGGUCUCUGUGACUAUAUGAAAAAAUACUCUGUCUAUUUUAUUAUAGAGAUCUCUUUGCCUUGUCGACACACUUUACCUAACGGCAUAUGCAAUAGUGACAUGACUACGAUCUAGUUUACAACCGUGGAACCAAAUGUAACAUUGCAUCGAUCUUAUUGUUUGUACAUUUUAUUUGUUUUUUGUUUUUUUGUGAAGAGAGGAAGCUAUUUUGCUCUUUGUACAUUUCUCUCUCUGCCAACUUCUGUUUUUUGUUUUUGUCACCGGAAAACUCCGGCCCGGACAUGUUUGACAGCGCUCUCCCCAUUUCUCUGUACAUGGGCAGACUCUUAUUUUGUAGAUUUUGGUCUUGGAUCGAUUCGGUUCGAAUGUGUCGUUGUCUUCCAUUGUACAUAGUUCAAUAUACUGUUUAUUGUAAUGCUCACAAGAGAUGAUUAUGAUGAUUUAAAAAAUUUCUGGUAGUAAAGUAUUGCUUUUGUCUGUGUUGACUAUGAAUAGCAACCUGCAGAAAUAAAUGAAUUUAUUUAAAGAGCUA